AUGGCUAGACUGAGCCCACGCCUUGGUGUGCUGAAUAAUCUGCCAUUUGCAAUUCCCUUCGAAGUUCGGGUUGGCAUCUUUAGGCAGUUUGUCCGGAAUGACAUGGAAUCCAUUGGAAUUUAUGACGUGUAUGGACUGCGAAGGCCGCGACAUGGUGUGGAGAUUCGACGCGAUCAUGUGGCUGAGGACGGAUAUGAUGGCCUAAGCGGCCUCGGGCAAGCCUUGAAAGGCCCUGUUGCAAUCACGUUUCGAGACCAGUGGGGCAACAUUGAAGCUGGCAUCGACGGUGGCGGUGUCUUCAAAGAGUUCCUGACAUCAUUGAUCAAGGAGGCGUUCGACGCGAACCGUGGACUAUGGCUUGCGAAUGCCCGACAAGAAUUGUAUCCAAACCCUCAUAGCUAUGCUCGAGAAGGCCGUCAACUCAAUUGGUUUCGAUUCAUGGGCCGAAUUUUAGGCAAAGCAUUGUAUGAGGGCAUCCUCGUAGAUCUUGCAUUUGCACCGUUCUUCCUUGGAAAGUGGCUAGGCAAGCGUAGUUAUCUUGAUGACCUGGCCUCGCUCGAUCCCGAGCUCUACAAUGGCCUCGUCUACCUGAAGCACUGUGCCAACCCUGAUGAUUUGGCUUUGAACUUUACUGUCAACGACUCCGAACUUGGCGUGACACGCACGAUUGAACUCCUCCCCAACGGUUCUAAUAUACCUGUGACUCGCGAUAAUCGGCUGCGUUACAUUGCGCUGGUAGCUUCCUAUCGUCUGAACGUCCAGAUUCGACCACAAUGCGAUGCGUUCCUGGAAGGACUGUCCGACGUCGUUGAUCUCAAGUGGCUAAGAAUGUUCGAUCAACGAGAGCUGCAGAUCUUGAUCGGUGGUGCGGAGGAGGAAAUAGAUGUGGACGAUCUGGCCGAGAAUACUGUUUACGGGGGUGUAUACGACGAAAGUGAUCCAACUAUUCAGAUAUUUUGGAAGGUCGUUGGGUCCUUCAAUCACCAAGAGCGCCGAGCCCUAUUGCGGUUUGUCACUAGCUGUUCGCGACCGCCGUUGCUGGGUUUCUCCGAGCUCAAUCCUAAGUUUGCUAUUCGGGAUGCGACUAACGAUCAGACUCGAUUGCCCACGGCCAGUACGUGCGUAAAUCUUUUGAAGCUACCGCGCUAUACGAGCGAGUCGGUUCUCCGAGAGAAGGUCCUCACUGCAAUCAAUGCACAUGCUGGCUUUGACCUUUCCUAG